AUGGCUGUAGUGGAGAGGGGCGAGUUGGGGGAGCCUGACGGUCAUUAUCUUCAGUAUUCUUGGAAUUUCUUUGUCUUCAAUUACUCUCUUGGCCUCGAAUGGGAACAGCGGAUGCAGAAGGUCACCACCUUCAAUACGGUGGAGAGGUUCUGGAGCAUGAUGCUGCAUACUCUGCCACCGUCGGAUAUUGCAAAUGGCACAGAUUUAUAUGUUUUCAAAGAUGGCAUCCAACCCAUGUGGGAGGACCCGAAAAAUGAGAAUGGCGGUCGGUGGCUAAUUAAUGUGCCUAGCCUUAACGAAGUCAAUCGGUAUUGGGAGGAACUUCUGAUGCUGAUCGUUGGCAACGCUUGGGAGACGGAGGAGGAAUCCGAGGAGAUUUGUGGUGCAGUUUUUCAGCCACGCACUCGGGGUGUUAGGCUCAGUCUCUGGACAUCGAACUGGCAAAAUAAGGAGAGUAUUAUGCGGAUCGGUCGUCGGAUAAAGGAGGUUCUUGAGUAUCCAGAUCGCCUUUUUUACCAGACCGUAGAAGAACAGAAGAAUCUCCCCAAAGGUCAAGACGUUGCUGGUGGCAUAUAUUCUCUGUAA